CGCAGGAGUCGCAGCCGCCAGCGCGCAGCCCGGCGCCAUGUUCGCCGUGAAGCGCCACGCCGUGAUCGGCUUCAACCUCUACUGCGGCGGCGGCGGGGCGCCGGGGCUGGCGGCCGCCUCCCCCCCCGCCCCGGCCGGCAGCGGCCCCGCGCCGCCCGCCUCGGCCGCCGCCGAGGGCGCCUGGGCCGCCGGCGGCCGCGCUGAGGUACCCCGCGCGCUGAUUGGCCCGCAGGGGGCGCCCCGCGCGCUGAUUGGCGGCGGCGCGGCGCCCCGCGCGCUGAUUGGCGCCGCGCCGCGGCCGGCCUCGCUGUGGAGCCCCGAGCAGGAGCUGGACGGCUGCGAGCCCGAGGCGGAGCGCGGCGGCGGCGGGGCGGCGGGGGGGGGGGGCUCGCUGCCCGGCACGCCGCCCGCCCCCGAGCACGGCCCCGACGAGCUGCGGCAGGACUCGCUGGAGCUCAUCAGCCGCUACCUGCGCGAGGCGGCGGGCGAGGCCCAGCCCGGCGCCAAGAAGCUCUUCCCGGGGCUGCUGGGCGGCCCGGGGCGGCCCGGCGCGGCGGGCGACGGCGUCAUGGAGAAGGCGCUGGAGACGCUGCGGCGGGUCGGCGACGGCGUCCUGCAGAAGCACGAGCUCGCCUUCCAAGGGAUGCUGCGGAAGCUGGACAUCCAGAAGGAAGAGGACCUGCAGUCCGUGUGCGAGGUGGCAGCCCACGUUUUCAGUGACGGAGUAACAAACUGGGGCAGAGUUGUGACACUCAUCUCGUUUGGUGCCUUUGUUGCGAAACACCUGAAGAGCAUAAACCAGGAGAAGUGCAUCAGCUCGUUAGCGGGGAUCAUCACAGACGCGCUGGUCUCCUCUAAACGGGAGUGGCUAGUGAGCCAGGGAGGCUGGGAGGGCUUCGUCGACUUCUUCCGCGUGGAGGACCUGGAAGGGAGCAUCAGGAACGUCCUGAUGGCUUUCGCGGGCGUCGCCGGACUGGGCGCGAGCUUGGCCUACAUGAUCCGGUGAGCCGUGGCGGGCCGCGGUGACAAACUGAGUGGGCCGGCUCGGCCGGGAGCUGGCGAGCCGAUCGCUUCCUCCUGCGAGGACUUGCGAAGCCGCGCUUGAGCGGCCCAGGAGAACAUCUAGGCAUCCCCCGAGCGAUCCUUUCCCGGGAAGGGAGGUGUGAUCAGGCAGAUCGUGAGGAUUUACUGCUUUGGGGACAGAACGAAGAACCCGUGUUCUUCCUCCUUCGAGAGCAUUACGAGAGACAGCGAACGUGGCCUGCUUCAACGUUUUCUCCCUGAGGGAACAGACCCGCUUAGCAAGCCAGCGAGCACCGGCAGCUCGGCCCGGCCCAAGGCCUCCGGGGUUUGGCGCGGCGGCUGCGUGUGGAGUGGAUGUUUGAGGUGCAGUUGUGGGUUUCUGGGAAUAGCGUCUUCUGCCGCCGUGUCCUGCCUGAACGUGUGGCUUUUGUGACGGGAGUAGAGGUGUGAAGUGCCGGGUGUCCUGCGGGCCGGGGCUCUCCCCGGGCGUGUGGGUGUCGAAGCGUUGACACACACCCCGCUGCCCGCCGCCUCGGUAGCCCACGUAAAUCGUCCCCCUCCUCCGGCAGUGCGCUUCGAACCAGGUCACCCAACAGACCCGGGUUAGAACAGUCGGACAAACAGCGACAGCCACCACCACCCGGCUGCAGGCCUCUGGGGAGGGCGAAGGGGGAAGCAGCGAGGGGUGGGUUGGGGGCGGUGACCACAACCAGCUGCAGUCGAUCCAGGUUUGUCUGACUGAUCUUGGCUACACUGCGACUCGCGAACGCACACAGCUUAAAAUAGGGAGCACAUUUGUAAGUAUGUAAAGCUCGGGGCGGGGAGGCUGUAAAAACCGUGUAAAUACGAGCCUGUAGCAUAUGUACAUUUUCACAGAGCUAAAGAUGCAAAAAGGGGGCUUUUGAAUGCGACGGGAGUCGCUGGGGUGUGCCGUACGUCGUUCCUCGCGCAAAGUGGGAGCGUUUUUGUGGCAAAGCCUCCUCCCGCCUCGCCGUGGAGCCUUUCCCAAUGUACCUGGCGGAACUGCCGAGGGAGCGUAGCGAGGAUCAGCGGCCCGGGGGGGUUCGUCGUGCCCCUGGCUUGCUGGCGCCAGUUCUCCUUUCUGUUUUGUUUUAAUCUUUAUUGGUUAUUCUGGCUCUCGUAGCGGGUGGGGGAUUGUGGAAGUCGCUAUCGGGAACUUCCUGCUCUUUGCUUUAUUUUGAUCCUUUAACACGAAUCAAAUGAAGCUCAUGUGUGAAUGUAAACAUCGCGGAGCAGAAUAAAACUCCUUGGGCCGGAUCCGCGGUUAGUCCGAGUCCGUCAAUGCCCCGCACGGGGCUCAGGCCUCCGCUCCCCCGCGGGAAGGGUCCCUCCUCGCUGGGCUUGCACUGCUCUGCCCUUUCGUGCACUCAAACCGUGUGAAUCAGUGGAUUUUUGUGUGUGUGUGCGGGUGCGUGGAAGCUUUCUCCUGCGAAACCAGGCCCCGGCGCAACCGGAGACGAACACCUUUGCUGUACUUGACCUCCAGACUGAGCGAUGCCUAAUGUAAACCCGAGCUGAGAGCUUAAAGAUGGUGCUAUUGUCAGGCCUUGCUUGUUUCCCAAACAAGCACUUAGUUUUGUCAAUAAAUGUCUUUGUUCUCAA